GCGGCCAUAGUCGAAUGUGCUAUCUCUGUCCCACAUCGCAGUUUCCUACAAAAAGCAUUUUGUGUCUGAUUGCUGUUAUUCGGCCGUGAGGUUUUGCUCGUUGUUUUGUGUCGUCCGCUAUUAGAAUCUUGUAAAAGUGUUAUAGUAAUCAAUUCAGUGAAAAGUUAAGAUAAUUCUGGAACCAUGGCACCUAUAGAUGGAACAUUCGACUAUGACCUGGCUGUCAUUGGUGGUGGCUCCGGGGGGCUCGCUUGUGCCAAGGAGGCAGUGAACAAUGGAGCAAAAGUGGCAGUGCUGGACUAUGUGACACCCUCUCCUCAGGGCUCCAAAUGGGGGCUUGGUGGCACCUGCGUUAAUGUGGGAUGCAUACCCAAGAAGCUGAUGCACCAGGCCGCUUUACUUGGGGAAGCUAUUCAUGAAGCGACCUCGUACGGCUGGGAGAUUCCAGCGGUGGACAAGGUGAAGAUCAACUGGAGCACGCUUACGGAGUCGGUGCAGAACCACAUCAAGUCCGUCAACUGGGUCACCAGGGUUGACCUGCGCGACAAGAAGAUCGACUACAUCAACGGACUCGGCGAGUUUAAGGACCCUCACACAAUAGUAGCAACCCUCAAGAACGGCUCUACCAAGGAGCUCACAGCCAAGAACGUAGUGAUCGCGGUGGGCGGGCGGCCGCACUACCCCGACAUCCCCGGCGCGGUCGAAUACUGCAUCAGCAGCGAUGACAUCUUCAGUCUCAGCCACCCGCCGGGCAAGACGCUUGUUGUUGGCGCUGGAUACAUCGGUCUAGAAUGCGCCGGGUUCCUCAACUCGCUGGGCUACCCUGUGACGGUGCUGGUGCGCUCCGUGCCCCUGCGCGGCUUCGACCAACAGAUGGCGCGCAUGGUCACCAACGAGAUGGAACAGAAGGGGGUCCACUUCGAGUACAAGUGUGUGCCGCUCUCCGUCGAGAAGCUAGAGUCCGGACAGCUGAAGGCGCGCUGGUUCAACAACGAGACGCAGAAGCAACACGAGGAUGUAUUCGACACGGUGCUAAUGGCGACGGGCCGGUACGCGCUCACCAAGCAACUGCGGCUCGACCUCGCCGGCGUUAGCUGUUUGUCGGAGUCGGGCAAGCUGGUGGCGGCGACGGAGCAGUCGAACGUGCCGCACGUGUACGCGGUGGGCGACGUGCUGGAGGGCCGGCCCGAGCUGACGCCCGUGGCCAUCCACGCCGGCCGCCUGCUGGCGCGCCGCAUGUUCGCCGGCGGCCAGCAGCAGAUGGACUACGACAACGUGGCCACCACCGUGUUCACGCCGCUCGAGUACGGCUGCGUCGGCCUCAGCGAGGAGACCGCCGUGCAGAGGUUCGGCACUGAGAACAUCGAGGUGUACCACGCGUACUACAAGCCGACGGAGUUCUUCAUCCCGCAGCGCAACAUCCGCAACUGCUACCUGAAGGCCGUGGCGCUCCGGGACGCGCCGCAGCGCAUACUGGGGCUGCACUUUGUGGGGCCCGUGGCCGGAGAAGUCAUACAGGGCUUCGCUGCUGCCAUCAAAUGCGGCAUCACAAUGGAGCAGCUGAGCAACACGGUGGGCAUCCACCCGACUGUGGCCGAGGAGUUCACGCGCCUCAACAUCACGAAGCGCUCCGGCAAGGACCCCAACCCCGCCUCCUGCUGCAGCUAAGGGCCCACAACACACCACGCAGCGAUGCCUCUACACUAACAUUCAUGGUACCACUGUAAACAAGUUUUCUAUAUCGUCACCUUAUAGUGAAAACCAUGUAAAUGAGUCGUUCUUCUUUUUAUCGACAAUAAAAAGACAUUUUAUCGAUAUAUCGGAUUUAACAUCUUUAAAAUUAUAACGACAAUAAAUAUUUUAAAACAUCACACACACAACACAUAACAUCUUUUUUAUUUUUUAUAAAGAUGUGUCUGUAGAGGACUAUUUGGUGUUUCUCUUUAUCUUGGUAACAUAAUUUCUUUGCAGGGGCAUUCCACAAAAUAUUGUGACAGAAUGGCCCUUCUCACCGGAGACAGCAUUUCGAUUUUCCACUCUCACAGAAUUUUGUGAAACUACGUUAACCACUAAUCGAGGAACCGAUUAGUAUUUUGCUAGUAUUUUCAGAUUAACUAUAUUUUUGGACAGUGGAAAGAUUAAAUAACAUUCUGAAAUACAUAAUUUAUCGCAACAAAGGACAGAUCAUUGUCGAUAAAAAAGAACGACCCAUUUGCGUUUGUGAAAAAUGACAGUCCGACGUGAUUUUCUCUAACAGAACCUCGAUUUCAAACUAAAUCAAAUUCUUUAUUUGUGAACACAGGUGUACAAAAAGUACAUACAAUUUUACAUGUUGCAUACAAUUAUUCGGUCUCUGCAUUUAGCCUGUCUGUAGGCAUACAAAUAGUGUUUUAUAGUUUAACAUAACAUAACAAAUACUUUAUUGUACAAACAGGAAAAUGCAAAACAAAAGAGAAAUAGAAAGAGUAGAGAGAGAGAGAGAGAGCGAGAGAGAGUAUAGAGAGUAGUCUAAGUACCUAAUAAUAAAUAAAAAAAAAACAAAACCCCAAUUUUUUGUCUGUAUUAAAACUAGCUUGUCUAUUACGAGGUAGGUUUUGUUACCAAACAUCAUAUUCGGAUUUUUCAAAAAGGCGCUUACGUAGUUUUCACUGUAUGACGAUCCAGUCUCACAGUUCGAUGCAAAAAGUGGAGCUGUUGUGCGUAAAACCUCGCUGUAAAACCGAUUUUUGCUCUCUUGUGAGGAAAAGUGCUGAAAACUUCGCUCUCUUGUUGAGUUUUGAGUUUUAGAAAUCUAAAAAGCCCCUUUUUGCGUCGAUUGAGGAGACAAGAGAGCGAAAUAGUAAAUCACAAAUUACCUGGUGCUAGAAAGAGAUGGCUAGCUAUACGUAACAGAGCGAGAAAAAAAAUAGUUUGUUGUACCAUAGUCAACAUAGUGUAGGGAACAUCGUUAUACGUAUACAUGAAGAGGCUUUGUUUGUGAUCGGAGCGAAGCACGGGAAGGAUCCGAGUAUAAAAGUGAGACAGAUAUAUUCCACAAAAAAAAUCACACAUACUGGUGCCCAUUGUAACGGACACAAACUUAACCUAAUUUUAGUCUGACAGCUCUUAAACUAGUUCCGUCCUUCACUUACAAUAAGUGCAAGAAAGAGAUAGAGCUACUUUUAGUCCUGUCAAAUUAAGUUGGUUGCCUGAAGCGGCACUGAUGUGUUGCUCCGUUCACCAUACAAAGCUUUACUCCUAAAACUGUCCAGUUUACAGCCGCUAGUUGACACCCGGGACUCAGAAACGAAUAACAUUGUAUAACGUCGACGUAGCACCAUAGUAUUCUAGAUUUUUGUAGGGCUAAACUACUUAAACGACCAUCUAAUAAAAUUAUA